AUGGAAAUUAAGCCGAAAACAGCAAGUGUGUUCUCCCAAACUAUCAAUGGUAUCACCCAAAAGGUAAAUGAAGAUAUUGCAAGUGGAACGAGCGUUGGUGGAAUCAAUCCUGAAGGGUCGGUGAAUGUAAUUAAGGUUGCGGCCCCAUUUUCAAACCAAUUGAAUAUGGAACAUGAAAUCAUAAACCUUAAGCCAAAGAUAUCAAAUGUUUUCUCCCAUACUACCAGUGAAAUAACCCGAGAUGAAAAUCAGGAUAUUGCAGGUAGAACUCACAUGCAAGGAAUUCGACCAGAUCUCUACGCUGGAGAAUCUACAAAUCUGAUCAAAAUCGUGCCGCCAUUUCCACAGCAGCUUGUAGAGCGUAAAACCGUGAUUAUGCCAAAGAUAUCAAAUGUAAUCUCACAAACUACCAAUGAAAUCACCCAAAGUGAAGACUUGGCAAGUAGAACGAGCUUGGAUGGAGUUGGUAAAGAGUCUGUGAAUGUGAUCAAGGUUGCGGGCCCACUUUCACAUGUUCGACUGAAUAUGGAAAAUGGAGCCAUGAAAUUCAGGCCGAAGCUAUCGAAUGUAUUCUCCCAUACUAUCAGUGAAAUCACACAGGGAGAAAAUCAGGAUAUUGCAGGUAGAACACACAUCCAAGGAAAUCGACUUUACGCUGGAGAUUCCACGGGCUUGAUCAAAAUCAUGGCGCCAGUCCCACACCAGCUUAAUCUAGGACGUAAAACCGUAAUUAUGCCAGAGAUAUCAAGUGUAAUUUCUCAAACUACCAAUGGAAUCACCCAGAAAACGAAUCGGGAGAUAAUCAUUUAA